GGUGUGUGUGUGUGUUGGGAACGAAGGACGGGUUGUGUUCAUGUUUGGGUUUCGGGAUCGGUAUAUGGUGGUGGGAGUUUGGGCGCCAGCCGGCGGUUUUUCUUUUGUUAUUGGCUUUCUGCCAGCGCGACGCUGCCAUCAUGCGCCGCUGGCUACCUCUUGUUGGAGGUUGUAAGGGGUGUGGUGUAUUCAUAUGGUCCUUCCUUUCAGGGUGUGUACAAUUAGGCGUGGGACUUUCCAUGGGUAUGGAUACCAUAAGAUCUUCGGCAGAAGAUGGCUUCUUGGAGGGUUUUAUUUGUUCUUUUCUUACCACUUAUAGCGUUUUCUUUUGUCUCCGAGAGUAGAUGAUGGGCUUGGAUGACUGGCGCCCCGGAUUGGAUAUCUACUUGCCAUUUGGCUCUGCUUC